AGCCAUUUUGGCUCAAGGCCAAGCCCCGAGCCCGAGGCCUUGGCAGGUUAGGUUUCUGCCUAGGGGCCCGGGCGCCCAGCCGCGACCGCCGGGGAGAUCGCCGCAGGGGGCAGGAGACUGCUGCCCAGAGAGUUCAGAGCAGCCCCAUCACGGACGGCCACAUGCAAGACCUUGUAGACAGCAACCAAUCGAUGGCGCCAGUGGAGGCGCAGAGCCAUCCCACGUACAUGGUCCCUCCCACGUCGCCCUGCCGUGUGGAAGGGUACCGCCUAGAUGCGCGCAGGGAUCUCAAGGUGCCAGCGAGUCUCGUGUUGGCGGCCAGGAUUCGGCGCAACGACGACGGAGAGGCCGCCUUGCAGGAGAUUCCAGUCCGAAAGCAGAGCUUCGCCGCUCUGGGGCCCAUAGACACCAGGAUCAGGUGCACCAUGGAAGAAGUGAAUGAGCUCGAAGCGAGCACCCACAAGCGCCAGGAGCAGAUCGAGCGGCUGACGGGUAAGACCGAACGCGAGUCUGAAUGUGAUGAGUGAGCCAGAAUGGAGAAGAAGAGUUGGUGAGUAGGU